CACACAGGAAGAAGCCAACUCGGCUAGUUGUCAAAUUAGCAAAAGCUGACUAGCCAGCUAAUGUAUUGGUGGGAGACCAGUGUCAGUGGUUUUCUGAAUAGAGAGCAAAUUUGGGUUUUAUCAUGGUGUUUCCACUGUAGAAAACACUUUAAACGACACCCGAGGGGAUUUCACCCCACACUUUCCUCUUGUUCGAGCGCAUAAACAAGGUGUGAAUGACCGACGUGGUGUCCCCCACUGCGCUCAGCGAAGUCCAGCUCCGCCUCCUCUGCCACGAUGACAUAGGCAGCGUCAAGCUGCUGUGCGGUGAUUGGUUCCCCAUUGAGUACCCAGACUCAUGGUAUAAUGACAUCACAUCCAACAAGAAGUUCUUCUCCCUCGCCGCCAUCUUCAAGGGAGGCAUCGUGGGAAUGAUCGUAGCUGAGAUCAAGGGCCGGACCAAAGUACACAGAGAGGAUGGAGACAUCCUGGCCUCUAGAUUUCCCGUGGACACCCAGGUGGCUUACAUCCUGAGUCUGGGGGUGGUGAAGGAGUUCAGGAAACAUGGAAUAGGCUCCUUGCUGCUGGACAGUCUGAAGGAACACAUCUCCACCACGGCCCAGGACCACUGCAAGGCCAUCUACCUCCACGUGCUGACAACCAACACCACGGCUAUACACUUCUACCACAACAGAGACUUCACGCAGCAUCACUACCUACCUUACUACUACUCCAUACGAGGGGUGCUGAAGGAUGGGUUCACCUACGUACUGUACAUCAACGGAGGGCAUCCGCCCUGGACGCUCUUUGACUACAUCCAACACAUUGGCUCGGCCCUGGCCAGCCUCAGUCCCUGCUCGAUCCCCCAGAGACUCUACAGACAGGCCCAGUCUCUGCUCCGCAGCCUGAUCCCCUGGUCCGGCAUCGCAUCCAAGACUGGGAUCCAGUACAGCAGGACCAUGUGACAGUACAGAACCCUCUGACCUCAUCUGACCCACCACCACUCGGAACCCUGGAAAGACUGAGGGCUGAGACCCCCCAAACACCAACCAAGACGCCCAGCCACUAAGCCCAGACCCUACAAACCAAGCCACCCAGUCCACUAAACCAAGCCACCCAGCCCACCAAACCAAGCCACCCAGCCCACCAAACCAAGCCGCCCAAGCCACCCACCACACCAAGCCACCAGCCCACCAAACCAAGCUACCCA